AUCCCGUCCACAGAAAACCUGAGUAAAAAACCCACAACGAUUGUAUCCCAGAGUUCCUUGUAUGAAAAGAGAAAAGCAACAUACGCCAAUGACGGUAACCUGAGUACAAAAUUUCGUUAUUGCGCCCAUACUGCUGUCGACCAGGCUAUUGCUUGGUUCCAAGUUGAUCUAGGAAUACCUCACAGAAUAAAGGAUAUCAAAAUAUAUUACAGAAGAGAAGGUCAUGAGCCUGAAGAUUGGAAACAAUAUAGAUUUAGACAGUUUUAUUUGGAUGUUUCUGACUCAACAGCUACUGAAACUAACACGACACAAAGGACUCGCUGCUAUACAGACAAUACCACAGGACUGGACUUACCUCCUAAUAUCAUUGACAUUUCCUGUGAACAAUGGGCAAGAUACAUCAUUGUGGAGUCCACUUACACAGCUCCAGAAGAUCACCGUUCGACAGGACCAAUACUGGAAAUUUGUGAGAUAGAAGUCUAUGACUUCCUAGAGCCUUUAUCAUGUCCAUCUGAGUGCGACAGAUACACUGGCUACUGUGUGGGGAUAUGUCCUGUUGACUUCUUCGGACAUUUUUGUGAUAAACUAUGCAACGCAAAUUGUGUAGGGGGAUGUAGCAAGGAAACAGGCCUCUGCGAAUACGGUUGUAUUGACGGAAAAUUUGGCCUGACAUGUGAAGAAACUUGCAGUAUAGGAUGCAAUUCUAGCUGUGAACAGUACAGUGGAAAUUGUUCCUGUAAAGCAGAUUGGAAAGGAGAUAAAUGUGAUGAAAAUGAAUCGACUGUCAUUAACAGAGAGGAAGACAUCCACGAAUCCGUUUCACAAGUUUAUAUGAAUCAAUUGUUGCCUAAUAUAAGUACACAGAGUAACGAAGAAAAAACUAUUCAGAAAGAUCCUUAUGUGGAAAAUCAUGGAAUAUAUGUUAAUGAUACAUUUCAAAGUUCAGAAAGUCAAAUGAGUACUAGAAUAAAUGAAGAAGGGGGCAAUAACAGUAGGCAUUUCGUCGAGUAUGAAGAUGUAUAUAUGGCAAUUCAGGGUUUCAAUCCGGAAGAAUCCAUAUACGAAGAACUCCAAAAAACGUAA